UCAUACCUCUGUUGCGUUCACCACUUCUACUCCUUGAAGAGAAAAUAUGGAUAAACAAACGAGAUUAAGCUAAAUAUACUAUUUAAUUUUUUGUUUGUUAUUUAUUUAUUUUUAAGGGUUUUAAUUCUUUUCUUUUCUUUCUCAUAUCUGAAAUUGAAGGCGAAGAUCAAGUAUAGCCUAUAACACACAACCUGUUAUAUAGGUAUUUAUUAAGUAGGUUGAGUACAGCGUCGAAGUGGCUUGACGUAAUUUAAAUCGCAGUUUGAACUGAUUUGCACGAAAACUUUGUGUGAGGGUAUAACAUUUUAUAAGAGAGCGAGCCUCUCACAAAACUGUAAUCCUACAACAAUAAUCAAUGGGAAGUAAGCUGUUGUACAUGAGUGCACUUAUGCGCUACAAACUGUACAAAAAGUAGGUCAGUGCGUUUACGAUCCGCGUGUUUAUAUGUUAAAUUCAAUAUUAUUAUUAUUAUUAUUAUUUAAGUCAAGCCAUGCAGAAAGAACAUUUGUUCAAGGUUCUCGUGAUUGGAGACCUCGGAGUUGGUAAAACGUCGAUAAUCAAACGAUACGUUCAUCAGAUAUUUUCGCAACAUUAUCGCGCAACUAUUGGGGUGGAUUUUGCUCUGAAAGUCAUGCCCUGGGACAAUCAGACGGUGGUCCGGCUGCAGUUAUGGGACAUAGCAGGACAGGAGCGCUAUGGGAACAUGACACGAGUUUACUAUCGGGAGGCCGUGGGAGCACUCAUUGUAUUUGAUGUGACCAGAGCCUCCACAUUCGAUGCAGUACUGAAAUGGAAAGAUGACCUGGACAUUAAAGUUACCCUCAGCAAUGGCAAACCUGUCCCAGCUGUUCUUUUAGCCAACAAGUCUGACCAAUCACGUGAGGGUCUGCGUUCCCAGAUUCCAAAACUCGAUACAUUCUGCAAAGAGAAUGGGUUUGUGGGCUGGUUUGAGACCUCUGCCAAGGAGAACACAAACAUUGAGGCAGCAGCUAGAUGUCUGGUGGAGCACAUUUUAGCCCAUGAGGAGAACAUCAUCAGCGACUCAGACCCAGAUGUGGUGGCCCUUCCCGGGUACAACAACAACACAAAAGAAGGGGUCCGAGCCAAAUGCACAACAUGUUCUAAAUCUUGAAGACACGAGGUGGAAGAAAGACAAGAAGGAAGACCUGAAAAUGUGUAGCAAUUUGUUAUAGAUUUAAGGGGACACUGCCAUUUAAUGGUGCCAAAAUGUGAUUUGUCUUUGAGGGACAAGAAAUGAAACAAAAUGGCAUGUGAAGAAAGAUUAGGUAAAGCUGUUGUAAAUAUGUAGCAUUUUCUUGGUUUGAGAUGUUUGAGCCAUCAGGGUUUUGUUUACAGGUGUGUGCUCUGCAAUUUUAUGCCAUCUAGGUCAAAAAUACAUUUCUUGGCUGUAUUGUGUGUGAACACGCUGACAGCAGAUGGUUGAUACAGUUUUGGAACGUUUAUAAAAAGCUGUCUCUAUUUCUAUUAUUUGUCUUGUGAACACACUAAAAGGCUUAAUUCUUCUUGUGUAAAUCAACACUGCCCAUUAUUUUGGAUGAAUGCUAUUGGGCAACCUCUUGCAUUGAAAAUAAAACAUGCUGUAUUUCUCUCUC